CUAUAAUUGUUAUUUCGUUUUAUUUAUUUAUCGAUUAAAUCUUCUUAACAGAGCAGUGGCCAUUGCCACCCCCGCAUCUGCGCCCAGGUUGAAAUUGAGGUUGAAACAGUGUGCACCGCAGUUUUAAAUUAACAACUUUACAAAUUUCGUCAUAUCUUGUCAGUUUGACAAGGCAAGAGCUCUGGUUUUCAGAGUCAUUUGACAAGAACCCAACAUACAGGCCCUAUCGACUGCUUGCAGUAUGACGAGCUUGUCCUCCAGCACCACGUGUGCACGAGUAUCUCGUCAACAUGACAAACGAAACUUGCUGGGGUUUCUGCUCACGAGUAGUUCUUGGCACUGUUCAAAACCAAUCAGUGCAUUGCCGACCACUGUACAGUUACCAUCAACGUUCUACUCGCAUGCAUUUCAUUGUGAAACGUCUCUCUUCACAAGUUGAAUGUGUGGGCAUACAUGCAAUAAAAGCAGGCAUGGAUGGAUAGGCCAUAUGUUUUUCAGUUCUUUCAUAUCCGUGUUCAAAUUGCAUAGUGCAUGCUGGACGCCAGGCGACAGUGCCUUUGCGGAAUGUAGAUACCUCAAAGAUUCCAACACAACGGAUUUUAUUCCUGAAAUUUUACUACUGAACCCUGAACUGCGUCACACACAGCGCCGCCGGAACGUGAAUGCAACAGUCGUCAACCUUGCACCUCAUGGGUGUUGUACGCAAAAUAGGGCGCAUGUACAUGUACAUGUAAUGUACUUAUUUAGUCGGAUGCGUUGGCGUAGGCAAAAGAAUGAUUCACAGCAGGCAUAAUGCUCUGUGCCAAUCAUGAAUAGUCGAGACUGUACAAAAAUGAAUUCUCAAUUGUUCCACACAAUGUCGAGUUUCACGCGAUCAGUUGCUCUUUGAACCAAAGCGCCCAGGACUGCAGGCUCGCCGUACGGAUAAAAAGCACUGCCGGGGUUAAACAGUAGAACAGUGUACAUGUGAAGAGAGCGAGCGCUGGUGUCAAGCUCACGAUGAGCGGACAGCCAUCCGUUAUGUUUUUGCUGGGUAGCACCCUGAUUGCUCUCGGCUUGUUAGUAACACUGACAACCUCCCAGCCUACUGUUACAGUGACGCAGGGAACGCUCGUCGGUACCACCGAGACUUUCCUGGACGGUGGGUUUUCCGGAGCGGGCAACAAGAAGGUGAACGUCUUCAAAGGGAUACCGUUCGCCGAGCCGCCGCUCGGGUCGUUGAGGCUCAAGCCCCCGGUGGAGAAGGCGUCGUGGGAAGACGAGGUCUACAACGCUACGUACUUCAGACCCGGUUGCCUCCAAGAUCCUUUCUACGCUCAAACGCUCGACUUUGACAUAGACGAAGAUUGUCUGCACCUCAAUGUUUUCGCCCCUAAUGCAACGUUGUCGGAGCCCGUCCCUGUCAUGGUCUGGAUCCACGGCGGCGGAUUCACGUUUGGGUCAGCGAUAGAGCGGGUGUACAACGGCGUCCCAUUGGCUGCGGUCGGUGACGUCAUAGUAGUUACCGUCAAUUACCGCUUAGGCGUCAUGGGAUUCCUGUCGACAGCUGAUGAAGCUUCACCGGGAAACUUGGCUUCGCUGGACAAUGUCCUAGCAUUGAAGUGGAUCCAAGAGAACAUUGAAGCUUUCGGUGGCGACAAAGAACGAGUCACAAUCUUCGGGGAAAGCGCCGGGGGCGUGAUGGUUGCAUUCCUAGUUCUGUCCGAGAUGACGGAGGGGUUGUUCACUCAGGCGAUAGUACAGAGUGGAUCGGCCUUUUCGGUCGAGGUUGGGCCAUUAACUGAGAAGGGGGACAUGGUGCUCCGUCAGAAGGCCUUCCAGUUGGGAGAGGUCGUCGGUUGUAGUCCAUCGGACAGUUCGGCCCUGAUAAGCUGCCUUCAAGCCGUCAACGCCGACGACCUCAUAAACGCCCAAGCAAUGGUUUACGGGCGCAUGUAUCCUGUCGUCGACGGCACAUUUCUCAAAAUGACACCAGCUGAAGCCUACGCCUCCGGAAACUACAACCGCGUCAAGAUGCUGCUGGGAUCGAACACUGACGAGGGAACACUGAACUUUCUUUUCACUCCUGGAUUUGAAGAUUACAGAAAUAGCAAAACCCCGCCCCCUGUCAACAGGACAGUGUUUGAAUUGCUCCUUGCGACGCAGUUCUACACUUUUGAUGUCUAUGACGAAACCGUGCUGGAUGCCGUCAGAAUGAAGUAUAUUGACUGGUCGCAAGCCGAGUACGUAGACGCCGAUUACUUCCGCACAAUGGUGAAUCUGGUGGGAGACUGGCUAUUCUCUUGCACUGUUGAUAAACUCGCCCACGAACACGCAAAGGAGAAUGAAGUGUUCCUGUAUCAGUUGGCCCACAGGCCUACCGUAUCGUACUACAGCUUCCAGGGAGUCAAUCCUGGCUGGCUCGGGGCGGCCCACGCCGAGGAUCUGCCGUUUGUCUUCGGCGCGGCGUUCGUGCCCGAAAGCCCUUCGAGUAAUCUCACCGACGAGGAGAAAACGUUCACUGUGAAAGUCAUGAAACUGUGGACCAACUUCGCCAAGAGUGGCAACCCUGGCUUGGAGUCGCCUGGGUCCCAGCCUAUCUCAGACGAAUACGCCUGGCCCCUGUACAGCAGUCCCGACUUAAAGUACAAGGUGUUGGAUCUGAACCUGACCACGAGCCGAGCUCUCAAGAGUGACGAAUGCUACUUCUGGAACACCUACGUGGUGCAGCUGAGGUCUGCGCUAGGAGAGUUGGACGACGUGGAGCGCCAAUGGCGACAAGCGUUCAAGACUUGGAAAUACACCGACAUGGCGGACUGGAGAGACGAGUUUAAUAAAUACAAAGCAGUUGUUUACAAUUAAUCUCCAUCAGCCUAUCAAUAAGCCUUUUGCGAGUUAAACUUGAAUAAAAUCUGAUACACUGAGUUAUUUAAAUUCACGUGUUUUUGAAAAUAGCAAUAAGCAAACAAACAAACAAACAAACCAACAAACUAAACACAAUGUUGCUAUACAUCGUGAUUCGAGGCAGGGUUUUGCUUAGUUGCACGAAGAGGCACUUUCAAUGAUUAAGAAGGGCACAAAGGAACCAGUCCAUCUAGAGAAGUCACCUCUGCUUCUAAAAAUCUUAAUAAUGCCUGGACCCAAAUCAUGUUACUUAAACGCCAUCUUAGUGCUUUUAAAUGUAUUAUAUAUAAGGCAAGAGAGUGGAAAUAAAGGAAAACUGGGGGAUUUUCGGUGUUGAUUUCUUCAGAUCAAAAAUAUAUUAAUAGAAUAUUGUGACGAAACAGGGGUAGGCAUGGAUGCCAGUCUAAGUAAUUAAUUAUUAACGCAUGCGUUGACCAAUCAGCGGUGGGUAGAGCACUGGGUCUGGGCUUGCAGCUUGCUUAGGGCGUGCACUGUUAUUAGUUUCGCUGCUGGGUCGCAGAGUGGGAAGAUCGCUGAGAACCGUUCUGUGCUGUGUACUGUGCGAGAUAGAGUGGACGCUGCGCCGGAGAGCGCUGCGAUGCGUCGUAUCGACCGAUAGGUGGAGUAGUGCAUGUAGUAGUGAACUGUUUUUUGGUGUCUUGGUUAGAGUGGGAACAGUCUAGAGCGUUGGUUGUUAACCCUUGGCUGAGAGCUAGUGGUACGGUGAUUCGUUGUGGAUUGCUUGCCGUCUGUGAACACCGUAGGUGGGGUGACGGCUGGGUUGCGAUCCGGGUAUCACUGAACUGGCUUGCCUUGAGGGUCACUGGGAGCGCUCUGGUUCGUGUAAGGGUUAUUAUCCCUUUGAUUAAUCGACCCUGGCUAGUGAGGGUUGUUAUCCCUUUGAUUAAUCGACCCUGGCUAGUGAGGGUUAUUAUCCCUUGGAUUAAUCGACCCUGGCUAGUGAGGGUUAUUAUCCCUUGGAUUAAUCGACCCUGGCUAGUGAGGGUUAUUAUCCCAUGGAUUAAUCGACCCUGGGUAGUGAGGGUUAUUAUCCCUUGGAUUAAUCGACCCUGGGUAGUGAGGGUUAUUAUCCCUUGUUUGAUUAACACUCCACGUAGCUUAUCGCUGCUUGCUAGUAGUGUGUAUCGUUGGCAAUAGUCUGGCUUAUGUUAGAGUUGCCAUGUGAUUAGGUUUACCACGUGAGGCUUAUUGAAUUGCCUUGUGAGGUCAUGUGUAUUGUAUAAAUAACCUUUGUGUUUGCCUCGUUGAUUUAUAUUUGUAAUAGACCUAUUGCACUGAUGAAUUGUCUUGAAAA